AUGUCAGCGCUCACGCCAACACCAACCCUGCUAACCCCGCACCUCCCACCAAAGACCCUCGUCGGCAUCGACCUGAUUACCUUCACAUCGACGCCGAAUUUUCACGGGAUCCGCGAUCUCCCGCCCGGAUGGCACUUUCUGUAUACGGGUACGACGGAGGGGUUGAGUUUGCGCGUUGGCGGGUGGUUCUACAUUGACGCGUCCGGAACUGGGAAUGCGCAAGAUAUACUCGUCUGGCGAUGGAACGACAACAUUGAGGCCCUGGAGCCGCUGGGGGCCCAGCACGCAGGCGAGGGGAUGCGGCUUAGGGCUAAUAUCGGGGGUGUUUGGGGAUUGGGUGGGUUGUGGGCGUAUCGGAGUCGCGUGCCUGCUGCGGCGGUCGCGGCUGCCGAGGGGGCUCUGCAGAAGAGCGGUCCUGGUGCUUCUAGGGCUGGGGCUGGGAGUAUAGAUGAGGAGGAAGAGGAAGAGGGAAGGGCGGAAUGGAAGGCGUUGACGAAUCGGGUGUCGCCGCGGCUGCUGAGUCGGAUUACUGGGGACCCUGGGGUGGAUUGGGAGGGGAGGCCGAGAUGGGUUGUUACGUCGGGAAGCACGGCGAGGCAGGAUGAUGAUGAUAUCCCUGGUCUUGAUUCGGGUGUGCGGCCGGAGGGUGGAGUUGGGUCUGAUACUGCAGCUGCGGCUGCGACUGGGGGCCAGAGUCAAGAACGGCCCGAAGACUAUAGCGAGCGGCAAUUCUCGUUCCUCCCUGUUGAUCUGAAGAUGACAUGGCGGGAGGGCGCAAUUGGCCGCGAGAGGACCGAGGCAGCGCGCGAUAAAUCGUGGGCGCUGGGCGAGAUCAUCCACGGCUUCGAAUCGUCUCAGCCGCGUCCAAAUCCGCUAGCCACGAACGACAUCGCCGAAGGCGAAGCUCAGAUCCUCGGUGAACUCCAAUUCACCUUCUUGAUGGGCCUGACGCUCAUGAACUAUUCCUGUUUACAACAAUGGAAGCGCCUCUUGCGGCUGAUCCUGACCUGCCGCUCUGCCAUUGUAGACCGGGCAUCCUUCAUCGCCGAGGUGUUAAGCCUGCUGCUCACGCAACUGAAGCGUGCUGAUGAUGUGGAGGGUGGGCUCUUUGACCAGCUGGGUAGUGAAGGGGGCGCGGAAGGAGCGGAAUUCCUGCGGAAAUUGCUGAGGGGGUUUCGGACGGCGAUGUAUGAGGUUCUUGAGGAUGAGAGCGGGGAGUCACCGGUUAAGAGAGAGUUUGGGAGGUUGGAGGAGUGGGUGAGGGAAGAGUAUGAUUGGGAGAUGGAUCGGGAUGCGGUGUUGAGGAAGGGGAUGGUGCAGUUGGAGGAUGGGGAGGAGGUGGAGUUGGAGAUGGUUGAUCAUGAUGAUGAAGAGGAGUAUGCGCCUGUUGUUGUGGACUUGGAUGGAACGUAUUGA